CCGGUGGUAGUUGCCCGAACUCCAACGGUGCGUGCGUGAAAACCAGCGAUGGUGCCUGCGGCAGAGUACGCCGUGUUCAGCGUCUUAAUGGCCCUCAACCUAGGACUGGGCCUAUACUUUUCCCUGCCGCGGAAAAAAGCAAGCAGUGCUGACACUAAGGCAGAGGUGUUCCUGGGGAGCCGAGUGCUUCGCGUCUUUCCUCUUGCAGCAUCGGUGGUUGCCAGCCUCAUCUCUUCCACCGGCAUGGUGGGCAUGACGGGCCACUUUUACGCUUACGGCUUUCACUUCAUGUGGACCUCGCUCACCACCAUACUACUCGCACCCGUGGCUGGCUGGCUAUUCGUGACUGUCCUAUACGAACUGCGUGUCACCUCCAUCUUCGAGUACAUUCGAGUGCGGUUUUCUCCCUACAUCUCAUUAACCAUCGCAGUCAUCUACAUUUUUGGCUCGCAAAGCAUUGGAGCGCUGUCCAUUUUCGCAGCAAGCCUGACGAUUGUAACAGUAUUCGGGGUGUCGCUGCUCUGGAGUAACAUCAUAAUCGGAUUGUGCGCGACAUGUUACACGGCACUGGGCGGACUCAGAGGUGUCGUCUGGACAGACUGCAUGCAGUUAGUCUUCAUCCUGCUAGGACCAGCAGCUGUCGUCGUGAAGGUCAUCAUAGACUCAAGCAGUUCUGCAACAGUCCUACAACCGCUAGAUGAUUUCGAUUUGCAUCGAUACAUCGCAAACAUCAAGUUUGACCUUUCUCACGAUGAAAACGUCUGGGUUACUGUCGCUGCCCUCACGACAUGUCUUUACCGUGUGGGCAUGGACCAAGUCGUCGUUCAAAGGUGCAUGGCUUCCAGGAGCCUAGCCAGUGCUAAAAGAACAGUACUUUUAGGGGCCGUACUUCUCCUUGUCGUCAAUCUGGUGAAGUUAGCCAUGGCAAUCGCCCUAAUCCUGUGGUUUCGGGGCUGCGACCCUCAGCUUCUCGGAGAAAUCAGAAGCCCAGACCAGAUCCUGCCGUUUUAUAUAAAAACCUACCUGAUCAGCUUCCCAGGGUUCACGGGGCUUUUCCUCGCCGCAGUAGUGAGUGCCUCAACCAGCACCAUAUCCUCGGCCAUAAAUUCCGAAGCAGCUGUUAUCUACGUCGACGUCCUAUCGCCACGCUUCAAGCAGCUCGAUGCACACGUUCGCUGGAUAACCCAUGGUCUUGCAUUCCUUCUUGGCAUCAUCAUGACUGUUUACAGCUGUGUCUGCGUCUAUAUGGGAUCUGUAACUAUGGCCGUAUUGAUGGUGGUUUCUGCAAUUAGCGGUCCUUGCAUCGGUUUGCUGAUACUUGCCACCACAUGCCCGUUUGUGCAUUCCAAGGGCGCUGGUAGCGCUACGCUGAUCACGUUCGCCAUGCAACUCUUCUUUAUGUGGCAAAGAAUCAACAGUGGACUCAAACCACCACACAUGCCGGUGACACUCGACUACUGCCACGAAAACAGCAGCUCUUUUCACCUCAAAGGCAAUAUCACUCUACUAUCAACGCAACACAGGUCACACGAUGGCACAGUUUUGUUCCAGGUUUCACCUUUCUGGAGCAGCUCAUUAAGUACCGUGGCCACAGUUGUCCUAGGAAUCUUGAUAAGCUUUGCAGCAGGUGAGAACCGGCAGCGUCGAGCACAUUCGAAUCUUCUAAACAGCUGGUUUGUAAAAAUGUGGAGAAAACUAGGAAUUAUGGAAUGCGACGAACAACAGGUAAAAGCUGACGCUGGCGAUUAUACGGCCACAAAUGAAGCACUGCUAAAGAAGGACGAUGACGCCCAACCAGCAACAACUGUUUGUUGAAGCAAGCACGUCCUAUAUACACCGUGUUCGAAAGCGCGUGAUAUUGUUUCUUUUUAAUGUAGCACAUACGUUCAUAAUAGAGUCAUAAUAUAAAGACUCUUCAUCCGCUUCCCCUUCAGCGGUUUCAAUAUUUCUCGCUUACAAACGCAAAAUCACG